AUGUCGCCUGACUUUGAACAGCAGAGUGGUUGGUUUGAUCAGUUUGAUCUCUACAGGUCGGUCUCGGAGUUAACAGAGGAGGAGGCGGAGCAUUGGAGGGUUUUGGAGUGGCUCCCUAGCAGCAGUCCGACUGCCAAGACCAACCUUCGAGGGCGGCAUUGGGAGCUCACGUGGUGGCAGCUAUGGCCACGACAGAGGAGGGCAGCAAGCGCCCUUGGAUAUACAAAGUGGAGUUGGGAUCAGAACAUUUGGCUACUGCCUUGGAGUCUUUCAUGGUUUGAACUGGACUUCAGCCUGCGUCGGCACCUGGAGGAUCUCGGUGAAACGCAAGAGCUGUGGGAUGGCUGGAGCAAGCCCGAGUCGCAAGGGGAGAGCCCGGAGCUCCUCGCCAAGAUCAACGCGUCGGGCGAACAGCGACUUUGGACUCAGCUGUCAGAGAAGCAGCAGCGGUCAGCGAGAGCUUUGGGUUUUCUCCCAGCCACCUGGAACAUGGAGGAAGCAGCCGACAUGAGUGGAGUGAUCGCAAAGAUGUUUCCUCCAGGCUUCGAAGGCUGUGUGACGCAAGGGUGUGAUGAAGAAUCCUUUGAGAUGGCCAAGCAGCUGGCUCUUAGUCAUCCACUGAUAUAUGCAUCGUUUGGCUGCCAUCCAAAGGCUGCAUGGAGCUAUGACGAUGACUUUGAAAAGACCAUGCUGGAAUACAUGGAAGCUUGUGGCAAGAAGGUGGUCGGCUUUGGUGAGUUUGGACUAGACUAUUCCCAUCCCUACUUCGGGCCCAACGAGGAGAACCGGGAAAGGCAGCGCCAGGUCUUUGUGAGACAGUUGGAGGUUGCCAUCUCGAGGGAGAUGCCGCUGGUGAUACACAGCCGUGAAGCGGAAGAUGAUACGUUGCGUAUCAUGAAGGCUGCUGUGCCGCAAGAUUGGAAGGUGCAUUUACACUCCUACAGGGGUAGCGUCUCCCACAUGAAGGAGAUGCUGGAUGAAUUUCAUCAGUUGUAUGUUGGAAUGCCAGGAAUACUUACCAUGAAUGAUGACCAUGCCCAGGAGCUGGUCCGGCAGUGUCCCCUGGCCCCAGGCAUGCUGAGGCUGGGACAUAGAAUUCCUCCAACUGACAGUCACCCCGCAGCAGAGCAAAUCCCAGAGCUGUCGCCCACGGAGCUCUGCGAUUUGGCAUGGUCCGUGGCCAAAUCUGGGCGCUGGAAAAAUCUGAAAAACCCGGAGUCCGAAGAUUGGAUUUCAUGUGUGAGCUUUAUGAUUGCCAUUCCAGCCAGGGUCCGGGAGUUAGAAACCCAUGCCUUGGCUACUUCCCUGUGGGCUUUGGCGACUGUGCCAAGCCGGCUGGUGACUGCCAGGUCCCUGAAUCCAAUUAGGUCCUUGUGCCAGGAAGCAUCCUUGCGCUUCAGAGAAAUGGAGCCGGGGCAGGUGAACAUGUCUUGGAGCAUUGGCUUCAUCUCCCAUGGAGAUGGCGGAACCUUUCUCGCGACGUUGGAGUCCUCUCUGGACUACCGGCAGUUUGGAUCGGGGCAGCUUGUGGCUUUAGCCUGGAGCUUCGCAAGGGCUAGGCCCAACAAUCGAGAUGUGCAGGUGCGACUUGCAUCUGCAUGCGCAGCACGAGAGGCUUUGGGAGCGAAAAGGCUCUGCAACCUGCUGUGGGCACUGGCCAAGACAGCCAUUCGCACUCACCCAGUCGCCCCAGACGAGACACCUGGAGGAGUUUUGCCCCUGGAUCAGAUGGAGGCCCUGAUGAGGAUGGUGCAGAUGUCUCUGCACACGUAUUCCAUGUCAAACAUAUGCACCCUGGCAUGGGCCAUAGCAAUCAUCCGAUGUGAAGGAUCCAAGGAUGCCGAACUGAUGACCAAACAGAUUCAUCAGAGAGUCAGCUCGGAAAUGGCGGCACUUACACCGAGACAGCUGGCCAUGUUGAGCUGGUCCUUUGCCAAAGUGUACCACAUUUCAUGGCCAUUUCUGCACCGGGCAGUUCUUUCAUCGCUGGAGGUACUUGAGGGAUUUACAGGGCAGGACAUAGCCAACCUCUUGUGGGCUUCAGCCACAUCAGUGCCGAUCAUCUUGGAGGAUGCAGAUGAGGGCGAGAUAGCUUUGACCAUGAAAGGACUAGAGGCCCUUGCCCAAAAGGCUUUGCACGACCAUCAGAUGACACCACAAGGAUUUGCGAAUGUUCUGUGGGCAUGUGCCCAUCUUUCGCUCAAGGAUGAUGGCUCUAUGCAGGAGCUGUCUGCUACUUUUGGAUUCGCCCGGGGCAAUGAAUUGCACCUGCGGGAUCUUUCGAACAUCGCCUGGGCCUUGGCCAUCUAUGGCCAGCAGCUUCCGUCUCCGCUGGCUUCACUCGCCAGCCACCUGAUAGCUGCCGCUGCCCCAAAACGCCGCAGGGAGAUGCAGGAUGAAGCCAGGGCCAUCCUGGGGCUGAUCUGGGCGGAAGCCUUUACGGGGCCGGUGCAUUGUGGAUCAAUGGAUACAUCCUGCGGGGUUUUGGGCGCCAGGCGCCUGCGGGACAUCGGAUUUCAGCUGGAUGAAGCUGCACGGUUGCAGCAGAAAUCACUGCUGCCAUGCGGCCCAACACCCGUCCAGGUGGCUUCCAGGGAUGGUGGGCCACAGGUAGUGCUGGACCUGCCAGACCGAAUGGUUUUGCUGAAGCCUUCUGGAUGGGAGGUGGAUCAGAAAGGUGAGGGGACCAGGCAUUCAUCGCAGACACUCAAGCUGUCCGCCUACGUGCAACAACUUUUCGCCCCAAGACAAUUUCCCAUCCUGGCAGAUGAGUCGCAUCAACACGGCUUUUUGCAUCGACUAGACCUGCCCAGUUCAGGUUUGGUGCUGACGGCCAAGAGCUACCAGGCAUUCUAUGACUUAAUGGUGCAACUCCAUUCCGGCACUUUGCAGCGCGACUACGUGGUGCUUUGCCACGGCUGGUUGGCUCCCGCCUGCAGCCGCAUCGAGGCUAAGGUGUCGUGGUCGGCCUCGGCCGAUCCCAGCCGCGUCCAUGAGGGCCUCGGGAAGCCGGCUGUGACCAGGUUGAAGUUGCAGGCGCACCUGACAAGGGGACAGGAAUGCUACAGCCUAGUGGCCAUCCGCAUUUCCACUGGCAGACGGCACCAGAUCAGGGCACAUUUAGCCCAUGCCGGCCAUCCUGUGGUUUGUGAUGCCAAGUAUGGCCAAAGCAGCCAGGUUGACAAGGCAAGAGGAACAGUGGAACAGUACCAUCAAGAUUUGCAAUGGUGCUCUCGAAACUUCUUGCAUCGGUACCGGGUGGCAUGGGACUCCCAAGAGCCACAUGAAUCAUAUGAAGCACUUGCAGUGCUGCCAAGUGAAUUAAAAGAAGCUUUAACCCACUUGUCACCCAAACUUCGUGCGGGAAGAGUAUGCCCCACCUCAGCUAAGCAGUUGCAGUGGUGGCUUGAGGGAAAGGAGAGGAUGCUCGUGGAAACGGAUGCACCAUACCUGCCGGUUCAAGGUCACUGGCUAAGUCACCCUGGAUUGAUUCCAACCAUCACGGCCAGAGUGGCGGAGUUGAAAGGCGUUGAGCUGCAGCGAGCGGCUACCAUGCUGCGCGAGAAUGCUCGCAGCGUCUACGGGUUUUGA